GCUUCUUCACUAUACUGAGUCGCCACUCGCCCCCCGGCAUAGACUACUGAGCUCUGAAAGACAUAUCUCCGGGUAUAUACCUAACACAUACGAGCUACCCCCCUAGUUUAUACCUAGGACCGCUUCCCCCAAGAACCCUUCUUUGUCUGUCACUCUCUCCUUUUCUCGCCACCAUGACUCUCGCGGACGUCUGCCCCGUCGUCGGCACCACGAACCACACCCUGCCGCCCGACCACCCCGAGGUCGACCUCUCCCAGCCGGGCCGGACCUGCCCCGUCGUCGGCGCUAAGACGGAGCACCACGCCCGCCUGCACCAUCACCCCAGCGUGUCCCCGGCCGCGACCCACGACCACACCACUCCGUGCGCCGGCGCCCCCGACGCCCAGGCCUGUCCCGCGCUGCGCUUCGUCGUUAACGAGAAGAAGAGCCGUGAGAUGGACGACCGCGUGUGCCCCGUCGUCGGGCCCGUGACCACGGUGCUGCCGCCGCACCACCCGAGCGCCGACGCCUGGACCGACAGCGACGUGUGCCCCGUCACGCGCGCCCGCGUCGAGCACCACCGCGACCGCCUCGUCGUGCACCCCGCCGUCGUCCCCGGCUCCCACGCCGUCUGCCCCGUCACCGGCGCCAGCACCUGAGGCGCCGAGGAGGGGGGUCGCGGUGGCUGUGCGGAGGAAGACGAGGGGGGGGAGGACGCGAUCGAGACGGCGAGACGAUUAGGGCCGACUAGAGGGGGACGAAAGGGAGGGAGGAGGACCGCGGAUUUACCCUUCGCAUU